CUCGCCGCGCGGGACUCGCGGGUUAGCAGCCCGCCUGUUGAGGUCAGAGGAGGCGGGCAGAAGGUCCAAACCCAGCGCCUGCGCGUGCUUAAAGCACCGGGAGCAGAGAGCGAUCCCGCAGUCUGAGCAGCCCCAGCCCUUGACACUACCUGGACUACGCGCCACUACGGUCUUCCCGGCAUGGAGGGCGAAUGCCGGGUGCUCUCCAUCCAGAGCCAUGUUGUCCGCGGCUACGUGGGCAACAGAGCGGCCAUGUUCCCUCUGCAGGUUUUGGGAUUUGAGGUUGACGCCGUGAACUCUGUGCAGUUUUCAAACCACACAGGCUAUGCCCACUGGAAGGGCCAGGUGCUGACGUCCCAGGAGCUGCAUGUGCUGUACGAAGGUCUCAAGGCAAACAAUGUCAACAAGUAUGACUACGUGCUCACUGGUUACACGAGAGACAAGUCCUUCCUGGGCAUGGUGGUGGAUAUCGUGCAGGAGCUGAAGCAACAGAACUCUCGACUCGUGUACGUGUGUGACCCUGUGAUGGGCGACAAGUGGAACGGAGAAGGCUCCAUGUACGUUCCCCAGGACCUGCUUCCCGUGUACAGGGAGAAAGUGGUACCCAUGGCCGACAUCAUCACUCCCAACCAGUUUGAGGCUGAGUUGCUAAGUGGCAGAAAAAUCCACAGCCAGGAAGAAGCAUUUGCGGUGAUGGAUGUGUUGCACCGCAUGGGUCCUGACACUGUGGUCAUCACCAGCUCUGACCUGCCCUCCCCAAAGGGCAGCGACUACCUGAUGGCGCUGGGAAGCCAGAGGAUGAGGAAGCCUGACGGGUCCACGGUGACCCAGCACAUCCGGAUGGAGAUGCGCAAGGUGGACGCCGUCUUCGUGGGCACCGGGGACCUCUUCGCUGCCAUGCUUCUGGCGUGGACACACAAACACCCCGACAACCUCAAGGUGGCCUGUGAGAAAAGCGGUGUCUGCCAUGCAGCCGUCCUGCAGAGGACCAUCCGGUGUGCAAAAGGUACCCCAGGAGAAGGACAGAAGCCCAGCCCGGCUCAGCUGGAGCUGAGAAUGGUGCAGAGCAGGAAGGACAUCGAGGACCCCGAGAUCGUCGUGCAGGCCACGGUGCUGUGAGGGCCGU